AUGAGGGGCCUUGUUUCGAGCCUCUUGCCUUCGGUGUUUUGGGUGAUCUUAAGCCUUUCAAGGCAGUGGGUGGUGACUGGCCUUGUUUCAAGCCACUGCUGGCUGCUGCCUCGCCUGAUCCUUCCCUUGCUCCAGGCUGGCCUGCUUGGCCUUUUUGCAGGCCUCCACAUUCGAGCUGGCACUGCUGGCAUUUCUCCAUGCCUCCCCAUGCCCUGGCUCCAGCUUCAGCAAAUUUCCAAGUUCGCCCUGCGCUUGGUCAUCGACAUGGUUGCCUCAGUUCAGCUCUCAGGCUGCGGCUUGCGCAUCCGACUGCAGAUCGAAGCGGAUCCAGGAAGCGCCAAGAAGUGCUUGCAGCAAUAUCCCCUGAACUUGCUUCCCUUCGAAAAAUCCUGUGAGCCUUUGGUGAAAGAGCUGCUCUCUCAGCGAAGCAUCCCUUUACCUGAGAAGAUUCAGGAGGCGCUCUAUAAGAAUUUGUUGCGCGUAUUAGCCUUCUCAGCUACUGCAGCCUUGCAGUCCUCUAAGUUGGAUGUCUUCGGCAUUUGCGUGGAUCCCAACUUUCGCCUGAACUCGAUGCUGAUAAGAAAAGCAGAACGCUCCAAAAAGAACAAGCAAAGUCGAACGCCGGCAUCCAUGAUGAACACCUUGACAAGCCAUCGGAGGGCGACCGACUGCAGUACCGGCUACUACUGGGAGAAGGGCCUCCAACUGGAUGGGCUGCUUGUCCUUUCAGAGAAAGUCUGGAUGGCCUGUGGCGGCGUUGACAAGGGUGGGCUACUUGUGAGACAAGGCUGCGAGCUCACGUCCGAGCUGUUACCAGAACGGCUCGCGACUGGAGCGACGGUCCAGGAAAUGGAACCUGUCGUUGACGGGUCACGUUUGCAUUACCAGCUGCUGGAUGGAUCUGGUCCUAAGACCGGCUGGGUCACUGUGCAGGCUCAAGGGAAGGAGUUGAUGCGCAAAGCAGUUGCAUCAGCAAUCGCGGAUGCGCCAGCCUGCGAGCCAAUCAAAGAGAGGAAGAUUCGAAUCUUGGCACUAGCAGGCAGUUUGACCUGUAAAGAAAUGAUCCGCUACCAGUGUGGACCUCUGGCGGCCAUGUUGGGCAAGGAGACAGCCGAAUGGACCUUUGCUGAGGGAACAGUGCAGCAUCCCUGGGACGUUUCGGUACACCUCAGUGACUUUGAAAAAGCCUUGGUGGGAAAACGACAGCAGAUCUGGUCCUGGUAUGAAGACAUCUACCACUGCCCCAAGGAAAGAAGCAUGAUAGAAAAGCAGUUUGACAAAGAAGUCGUUGUGGAGACAGUCGAGAUUGAAGAUAAGGUGGAAAAACUACAGCAAAGACUAGAAGAAGAGGGGCCCUUUGAUGUUGUCAUUGGAUUCUCUCAAGGGUGUAUCAUGAUGCACUUCCUUAUUGGACUUCUUUGGAAAGAAGGUCGCUCCAUUCCUUGGAAGCUGAGUAUCUUUUUUGAAGGAAUGCACAUCCGAGAUCAUCGCUAUGAUAGUUUAUUUGUGGAAAGCCUGCCACAUCGCACGAUCCACAUUUUUGGCAAGGCCUCACCCUACUAUUUGUACGCCAGGGAGGGCUGGUGCAGCUCCAAAAAGGUCGAGGACUAUUACCAAGAUCCCAAGGUGCUGCUGCACCAGGAGGGCCAUUGCUUCCCAAUGCUGCAGCCUGAUGCGAAGGAGAUCUAUGAGGUACUGUGCCAAGAGAUCAAGCGUCAUGGCCGGAGAUUGCUGACCCUUCCUGGAAGAUCCGCCCCCGCCGUCGAAACAGUGGCGGACCAACACCUGUGCCCUGGAUGUUCUGAAAAAUCCAGGAAGCUGGAGCUGCUGGCCGAGAACUAUCAGAGGCGCAACGGCGGAGGCGGGCGCCCCAGUAAGAGCCCCAGUUCCGAGUCGACCAUCAGCAGUUCGUUUUUGCCAACUGCAGCUGCUGACGCUUCUGACGCUUCAGGAGUCGAAGAGCUCAUCCGAGAGCUACGGCAGUGCCAGGAGGAGCGAACAGCUGCCUUAGAGGAAGCUUCUUCGGCGCUUUCAGAAGCACACGUCGCAGAAGAGAAGUUUCGAGUUAGGGCCUCGGAAGCGGUAAGAGUCGACCUACUGCGUCGAGAGCUUGAAAUCAAGCGGCAGAGCUGCCAGAAGCUGCGGAAACGUUUGGAAAUGACGAGGAAAGAGAAGGAUGCGGUGACGAAGUCAUGCCUUACCGGAGUAGAGGCGGCUCAUAUGCAGAUGAUGCAGAUGCGAGAUGAACUGGACAUGUUGACGCAAGCGGCCAGCGAGGAGCAGCCACAUCAGGGCUCCCCGAAAGAUGAUGAGGAGCUAGCUUGGCGACAACUUAAACUCUUGGAAUGCAGGAAUUUGAGGCAUGACUUGUCCAAGUGGAAGCAUCAGGUGGCCACCUUAGAGAACAAGCGCCCAGCAGAUGAGGUCGAGGUGCGACGCCUGAAGGCUGAGGUGAUGCAUGCACAGGAUGUCCUGGAGUCGACGCGCCAUGCUGUACGGCACCUGGAGGUGGAGCAGGAAAAUAUGGGCGAUUCUGAGGAUGAUGAAUACGACCUCCCGUCACCAAGCACAGAGGUGCUGGUUGAACGACACGUUCGCGAGAAGGCAGAGGAGCGUGGAAGUCACCUGGCCCGCAAGGCCAAGCGAUUGGCUCAGGUUUUGCUCGCACAACGCUUGUUGAUCCAACGCCUAGAGAAGCAACUCCUCAUUGAAGAGUCGCAGCUGGAGCAAAAGGACUUGCGAUUAGCGGGGGAAGAGAAGCUGCAUCUUCGACUGAAGGUGGCCUUGCGUCAGCGUUCGGACGAGAUCGUGGUUGACCGCAUCUUAGGCAAGAUGUCCAUUCCACGAAAGGAGAAGAUGAAGGUGAAGAAGGCGAUUGAUGAGACAGAUACGCCCAAGUCCAACAGCAAGUCAGAACCCACCUGA